AUGCUGCAGCGGGCUCCCCAUCCCAUUGUUCCAUCUGACAGGUCUGAAUUGGACUCUCCAUCUGUUGCAGUGGAUAUCUCAUCAACCACCAGUUGGUCAUCAGUCUCCAACAGCCGCAGGCAACAGCAGCAUGGGGACAUUGAGAUUGUUCAGUGCUUGCAAUUAGAAAAUCAGACACUUAAGAAUGAUAACCAUACUUUGGGCGAGAAGAACAAGACUUUAUCAUCUAAUCAAUGCCGGCAUUCAAGCACCCAAGUUCUGGACAAGCUGAAAGUUUUUGAUGUUGAGCUCUUGACCUUUUCCCACAAGUAUGGAGUUGUUGCAGAGAUGUUCCCACCUGAGCAUUGUAUCCUCAAACUCACUGUGCCAAAUCCUCCACCUGCCAUCCUAUCUGGGAGUUGCUAUGCCAGCAAGAGUGCAGAAGAGCUCUGUCUCGUAACCGAGCUAUACUCACUUCUCCCAGACCAUCUUCAUCAGUUUGUACCUACUUCGCAUUUUCAAUCAUUGCUGGAACAACAACUUCAAGGUGGUCGCUUGAGUGAAAUCAGCAAGUUAAGGGUGAUGGCAGGUCAAAUUUUUGGUCUCAAUCCAUCAUACUUUGACACCGGCUUUACGAAUCGAGAUACAAUCCCCGAGAUCCAGAAGAUGCUUGGUAUGACUGGUAGUCGUUCAUCAUCAAAGUUCCCACCUGUCCUUUUUACAAGGCAAGAAAGGGACCCCACGAUGUCCACAGUUUUUGGAAAUUGGGAGCCACUUGCAAAGGUACUUAUUUAUUGA